AUGAUCACAGAAGAAGAAAUAAUCAAAGAAGGAGAACGAAUCAUCGCAGAGUUCGGAGAAUACGCUCGAGAAUUCAGCCUCAAAGACAGCUUCUAUCAUGGAAAGUUCGGACGAUGUUUGCGCUUUUACGUAAAAACUCUCGAAGAGCAGGAAUACAGACUUCUUUUCCACCGAAAUGGUGUUUUAUGUCUCACAAAUUCAAUGCAUUUUGAAAGCUUUGAGCAGUUCUUCAAUUCCCUCUCCCCUGCUUUUCGCGACCUUUUCGGCCGAAAAUUACAAGACAAACUUCAAAACUUAGUGAUUAAAUGA